UACAUAACAAUAUACCAAAACAAGAUAAAAUAAGAAAGAAAAGGUUCAUUUGAAGUUGAUAAGGUAUAUAAGCCAUCCCUUCAUCACAAGAAUAGAAUGCAUCUCCUUCUAAACUAACACUCCUUAUUUAUUUUUUCAAAUCUUUCUCUUUCUCUCUUAUACUAAAAGAGAUAUAAUAUAUACUCUUAGUAGUAUUUCAUACUUGUACAUUUUUCGCCAUUUAUUGAUGAUGAUGAGAAUUUGAUCUCUCAUUUUCUCAAUUAUUUAUCUCCUGAUCUCUUUCUCAAGCAUGAAUCAAAAUCAUAGAUAUUUGGACUUGUGGGAAAAAGUCUUAUAGGUUAUGACUUGCACUAAUUAUGAAAUGGCUUUUUUCCCAACAAAUUUCAUGCUACAAAGUCCACAUGAAGAUGAACAUCAUGAACCUUCAACUUCUCUCACUCCCAUUCUUCCCUCAUGCUCACCUCAAGACUUCCAUGGUAUUGCUUCAUUUUUGGGAAAAAGAUCCAUGUCAUUUUCAGGGAUGGAAGGAAAUAACACUUGUGAGGAAAAUCAUGGAGAGGAUGAUUUGUCUGAUGAUGGAUCACAAGCAGGAGAGAAGAAAAGAAGACUUAAUAUGGAACAAGUAAAAACUCUAGAGAAGAAUUUUGAGUUAGGAAACAAACUUGAACCUGAGAGGAAAAUGCAAUUAGCAAGAGCUUUAGGGUUACAACCAAGGCAAAUUGCAAUUUGGUUUCAAAAUAGAAGAGCAAGAUGGAAGACUAAGCAAUUAGAGAAAGAUUAUGAAGUUCUUAAGAGACAAUUUGAUGCUGUCAAAGCUGAAAAUGAUGCUCUACAAACUCAAAACCAAAAGCUUCAUGCAGAGAUAAUGGCACUAAAGAAUAGAGAGCAACCAACAGAAUCAAUCAAUUUGAACAAGGAAACAGAAGGAUCAUGCAGCAAUAGAAGUGAAAACAGCUCAGAAAUAAAGCUAGACAUUUCAAGAACACCAGCCAUUGACAGCCCAUUAUCCAAUCAUCCAAAUAUUUCUAGUAGACCUUUUUUUCCACCUUCAAUGAUAAGGCCAAAUAAUAACAAUAAUAAUAAUAAUGGGGUAGUGGUCCCUCAUCAACUCUUCCACAUCAAUUCAUCUUCAUCAAGACCAGAUCUCAAAUUAAUGGACCAAAAUACUACUACUAAUAGUACUAAUAUCAAAGAAGAAAGCCUAUCCAACAUGUUUUGUGGCAUUGAUGAUCAAACAAGUUUUUGGCCAUGGCUUGAACAACAACAUUUUAACUGACCUUUUUUGGGGACCAAAAGAAAAAAGUUUAUUUUAAAAAAGUUGUUGGUUUGAAGGAGGAUAUUAAAUUAUAUCAUAUGAUCACCAUAUGUAUUUUGAGUUCAUGAGAGAGAGGGGGGAGAAAAAGAUGAAGAAAUUACUCAUAUUUGUUUUGUGGUGUAUUAGGCACUGUGUAUAAAGUAACCAAGUACAUUUCAAGUACUUAAGCAUCUUUAUGGAGAAAAAUAUUAAUAAAGGCAUGUCUUUUCCCCCCUCAUUUA